CUGCAGCACGCAAAUGAGGUGAAUUACAUUACGUGCUUGCGGAUCGGCUCUGACACUGGUCCAAUUUGCGGCCCCAAGCUUCCGUGGCCCUACUUUCAUCAUAACUUUAGAUUAAUUGAUAUGAAACUGGAUGAAGAAUGUAGACGGGAGUCGCCAAGCUCGGUGGCGACAGUCAAGCAUUGGGUUCGCUCGAACGUGCCCCUUUUUGCACGAGAGCUGCUAGCGGGUGGCGCCGCCGGGGCCAUCGCCAAGACGUGCGUGGCCCCCCUGGAGCGAACCAAGAUCCUGCUCAUGACUGGCAAGGCGCAGUCGGACGCACUGGGCACGCUGCGGGCGCUGGUGGCGGCUGAGGGGCUGGCGGGUCUAUUCCGCGGCAACGGCGCCUCCUGCCUGCGCAUUGUGCCCUACGCCGCCAUCCACUUCUCCGCCUACGAGUUCUACCGCCGCCAGCUGCAGGAGUGCCUCGCGCCCACUGCCACAGCCCAGCAGCCCGCAGCCCAGCAGCACACAGGCGGGAGCCCGGCAGAGCUGGGGGGCACGGGGGCAGCCGCGGCGCCGGCUGCAACGCCUGGGUCACGGGGGCGCGGGCUGGUGCGGCCGGCAGCGGCAGGUGCACGGCGGGGCGGCGAGGAGGGCUCGUCGGAGCUCAGGCCCUCGGGGGACGACGUGGAGCAGGUGGGGUCGCCCGCGCUCACCAGCAGCAUUGACGCCUCCACCUCCACGCACCAUACCGGGCGGCCACCUGCCUCCCCUGCACCGCCCGGACCCACACCAGCACCUGAAGCCACACCCGCUCCUGCCGCCUCGCCAGUAGCGCCAGCCGCCGCGUCGGCCAGGGCCACGCGGCUGGGUCCGGGCUGGGACCUUCUAGCGGGCAGCGCGGCGGGCGCCACGGCGGUGCUGCUGACCUACCCGCUCGACAUCAUCCGCACACGACUGGCCUGGGCCACAGAGAUUGGGGCGCCGGGGUCGACAGGGCCGGGCUCAGCGGCAGCAGCAGCAGGCGGCGGAUCAGUAGCAGGCGGGGGCGGCGGACACCGCAUCGCGGCGAUGCUGGUGCACACGUACACGCAUGAGGGGGUGGCGGGGCUGUACCGGGGCUUGGCGCCCACACUGUACGGCAUUCUGCCGUACGCAGGCCUCAAGUUCUACGUAUACGCUUCUCUCAAGAACUGGUACAAGGACAGCAUCAGUGCCAGCAGCAGUGGAGCAGCGGGCGGGGCCAGCAAGGGCAGCAGCGCCAGCGGGGGCGCCGGCGAGCGGCUGCCGCUGCCGGUGAUGUUGGCGUUCGGCGGCGUGUCGGGGCUGUUGGCGCAGACCGUGACCUACCCGCUGGACGUGGUGCGGCGCCGCAUGCAGGUGGCGGGCAGCAGCAGCAGCAGCAGGUGCUACAGCCAGGGCAGCAGCAAGCGGCUCUAGCAAGGCCUGUAGCGGCGGGUGCCCCGGCGGUCAGACCUGCGGUUGUAGUGGCGGCGCCGGUGGGUGCCACGACAUGGGGCACGGCGGUGGCCAUAGCCCGGGGCGAGGGGGUGCGGGGCUUGUUCCGCGGCCUCAGCCUGAACUACGUCAAGGUGGUUCCCUCCACCGCCAUCGGCUUUGCGGUCUACGACUCGCUGAAAGACUUCCUGGGAGUGAAGGGCAACCUGUGAGAGAUUAGGCAGGCAAUUGAGUGGGUGAGUGAUGGUGGAUUCAUACAGAGCGAGUGUUAGGAUGCAUUGGGCAUCGGCAGUGCGUGUGUGUGCAGGUUUGGGCAAGCGCGACCGGUGCCGUGUGGCCUGUGUAGACUUCCUCAGAUGUCAUUCAUUCAUAUGAUAUGACACGCGAAUUGUGCAGCAGGAAGUGCGUGGCACUGGAAUGUAUCUGUGUCGGUAGUACAGUUGCGUGAUGUUGAAAAUUGGCAGCGUGGUUCGAGUUACAAAGCGGGGGGGGGGGGUCGUUUGGCUGAGCACCAGGCGACCAUAGAGUGGAAUGUUGAUGGGCCAAGCGCACCGACGCAGUGGGAGAGUGAAGAUGUCAUCGAGAAGGGUGAUGAGCGAGAUAGCAUGGAUUCGCCUGUUGACGCGAGACGAAGGUGGCGGGUCUACGAGCGUGUCACCAGAGGCACUGCGGUGAUGCCGGCACGGCCGCGGGUUGUUUGUUAGAUGGCCGCGAGCUGCAUGUUUGUAUAUCAAUGUCGCUUUGCGCGAGGUUCAAUGAACUCUUAUUCAUUUGGAACGCUCGUGGGUGCCUGCUUGAGAACUGCCGACACCCUAAACAACCACACAACACCAAACAGCGCCUCAAGUACGCGUAUUGUAGUGACAGUAACAGA